CGUCAGCUAAGGUUUCUUGGUCCCCGCCUCAUCUUGCACAUGGCAGCUGUCCAACUUCCCAAUACAUCCGGCUGUUUCCCCUGUGGUAGAGAAGGGACUUCUUUGGUACCACUCUUCCAUUCACAAACACCGCCCUUUUUCUUCAAGAGAGGGUCUCUAUUUCCCAUAGUGUGGUGUGUGGGUACGAGCCAGUAAGGAGCCAAAUGGAAGCGGAAAAGGAGAGGAGUCGUAUCCGGGACAACCAGCGUCGAUCAAGGGCUCGAAAAAAGGAGUAUGUCCUUGAGAUUGAGCAAAAGCUUCGGCAAUGCCAUUCCAAAGGAGUGGAAGCUUCUGCCGAAGUGCAGCAAGCUGCGCGUCACGUUGCCAACGAGAAUCACAAGCUGCGACAGCUUCUCCACACUUUGGGCCUCGUUGACGAGCAAAUCGAACAAUAUAUUCAAGCCGGGACGCUGAAUUCCUUGGCAGUGGCCAACCAGCCAGUUUUGCACGAGAGCAGCAGUGUGCAACAAGGGCAGGCGGCAGCCACGUUGGAACGCCUGCUCGCUCCGCGGCGGCCACCCUGCCUUCAGGAGCACGAGCUGUUCGCGCCAGCGAACCAGCCAACAACCCCCAAUCGAAACUCGAUGUAUCAAGCAUCAGAAGACUCAUCGAUCGAAGACUACGAAACUCCUGAAGAUGGUAUUCAGCAGAUUUGUGGGUUGGUUUCCACGUCAUCGUCAAACUUGAACCCUCGACCGACUUCUUAUCCACGGCCCGAAACCCUACCUAGCAACGGAUACGGCGGUCAUAGAUCCAGCCAAGAGAGCAUCGAAUGGGCAAACGCCAAUCAUGGUCAAGAAGUCAAUGACAUUCCACUGAACCCGCCGAGAUAUGGCACGAACCAAACAUUCGCCUAUCGAUCAUUUUUCCCAGCAGCAAACCCUCCAACAGCACCUCUACCCCUGGCUUGCUGCGGGCCACCCACUACGUCUUACGCUGUGUACCAUACAUCACAUCACCAGUCGCCGGUAUUUUUUGCAAGCCAACUUGAAUCCAUAGUCAAAAAUAACCCUGGCCCGUUCCCUAUAGCUGAUACAAAAUCGAGUGCUGAGGAACGAGCACCGCAGCAGGCGGUCGUUGAUCCUUACGCAUGGGUGCCAACGGCCUCUUUCCACAGAACGGAUCUCGACCGAAGGCUUGGCUGAGAGUAAACGAGACGAAUAUAUUCCAAGACUCACAAAUGGGCCAUUGCUUUGAACCGCCGGCCGAGCCACCCUGCAGCGAGAAGAGACAACAAUGGACGAACCGCUAUUAAACCCGAAGACGAAGCGCGCCUCUGGAAUAGCAAUGCUACACUCGAGCAGUUCGGGCACGCCCUUCGAGGUUCGAGGGAGGGGGCAGCGUAUUUACCUUUGAUUUCAAUUGUUGUUGGAAUGAUUGUUCUGUACAAAGUGCCAACGAGCACAAUAGGUGAAGGGCGAAGUGUGCCCUUGCUAUGUCCAAGCCAAAGAAUACGAUGAUAAUGCGACAAAGGCAUCUUCCCUUGAGUACGGCGCU